GAUGUCAUUACUGUAACCGCCUCCGGUCACUUCCAGCUGUUGGAAACUGGGGGGCGUGAUGGAUGUUAUCAGCAUCCUCUGCUUCUCCACCGUGCGCUCUCUCUGUGCGCCGCUGUUAACCUUUGGCACAGGAUCAGAUCCAUACAGUUCAACCACAGUAAACUCUGCAGCCUCUCUACCUCUCAGGACUUCACAUGGCGCUUCAAGCUAGAGCUCUGGUCACCUCUAAGUGGCUUGCGCAGGCUGUGCAGGUACAGGGGAAAAUGCGCAUUUUGGACACGUCUUGGUAUUUGCCCAAACUUCGCCGAAACGCAAAGAGCGAGUUCAAAAAGAGGCACAUACCAGGGGCGGCUUUCUUUGACAUAGACCAGUGCUGUGAUAAAACUUCCCCUCUGGACCACAUGCUGCCAACGGAGAAGAUUUUUGCGGAUUACGUGGGGAAUUUGGGAAUAGACGGCGACACGCACGUCGUGGUGUACGAUGGCAGCGAGUUCGGCGCGUUCUCGGCGCCCCGAGUGUGGUGGAUGUUCCGGGUGUUCGGGCACAGUGCGGUCUCUUUGCUCAACGGGGGGCUCAGGAACUGGGAGCUGGAGGGUCGACCGCUGACCGACCGGCAUGUCAGACAGACACCGACCGAGUUCAAGGCCUCUCUGAACCGCUCGUGGAUCAAGAACUACGAGGACAUCCUGGAUAACCUGGACACCAAGACGUUCCAGGUGGUGGAUGCCAGGCCCACGGGCAGGUUCAGAGGACUGGACCCUGAACCCAGAGACAUAAACCAUGACAGUGUGACAGUGAUCCAGCGAGCUCAAUACCAGGACCCUCAAACACACAGAACCGGGCCACAUCCCCGGCUCCAUCAGCGUCCCCUUCCACUCCUUCUUGUCUUCUUCAGGUCACUUUCUGCCCAAGGAGCAGCUCCAGGGACUCUUCAGCCAGGCCGGCGUGGACCUCAGCCGACCUAUCUGCGUCUUGUGUGGCUCUGCUGUAACUGCCUGCCACGUGACGCUGGCGGCCCACGAGUGUGGUCACCCGGGAGUGUCGGUGUACGACGGAGGGUGGUCGGAGUGGUACACCCGUGCCGUGCCCGAACACGUCAUAUCGGAAGGCAGAGGAAAACACUGGAUCAAACUGGGGCUGGAUCACGAGAAACUCUUUGCUUGUUGUUGGGGAAGGCGUGCUAAAAUUUAAGGGAGGAGUUUGCCAUUUUGGAACUUGUGUCUUCAUGCUGUGAGGCUACAGACAGUGAUAGGUUAGUUUAGCUUAACAUAAAGACCGGAAACAGGAGGAUACAUGGAGUCGUUCUCAGCCAGAUGUUUAGGAAAUAGGCCUAUCAGCGCCUCUCUGACUUUUUCUAAUACACACACUGUACACCCUUUGCUUGAUCUGUGUAAACAGAAUUGUUAAACAUAAUUGUUGUACUAAGCUAAGCUGACUGUCUGCUACCUGUGGCUUCAUAUUUAGCAUACCCAAUGACAACUCUUCCUCUACAUUAAUGCAUUACCAAGGACACUAAACAGGACUCACUCAAUCGGCCUUGAAGUUGGAGAAGGUUAGUAUACAGCUAAUGUUGGAAUAAAACAGAUCUGUACUCUGAUUCACACAGAGUCUGGAGUUGUUGACGUGUCAUUUACAUCUACUCUUCAGUAAAAUAUGUCAGCAUAUGUGGGCUGUAAGACUGACAAAAAGGGCUCAAAUCUGACCUGAGAGCAGAGUCUAGUUUGUCAGGUGAGCUGAAUAUUCAGGAUGCUGAUUAGAAGAUCACGUACAGACUGGAGUGUUUGUUUUUCUUUUUAAAGAAGGUAUCCUCUAGUGACAAAGAAAAAAGUUUGUGUUCAAUAAAUAAAUAAAUUAAAACUAAAUAUCAA